AUGGCGCAGACAAAGGCAUCGAAGUCCUGGACACCACAUAGGUUUGGUAACAAACGACCUCUUUGGUUCGAAAUUCGAUCAGCACAGUGGUUCAUCGUAUUGACUGUCUGCUUCGCCGUUUUCACCGAUGUCUUUCUUUACGCCGUCGUCGUUCCGGUCAUCCCAUUUGCUAUUGAGAGCCGUGCUGGAGUCGCACCCGAUCAGGUAGCUCACUGGGUUUCUGUCUUGUUGGGUGUUUAUGGUGGAGCGCUCUUGCUUGCCUCGCCCGUUUGUGGUGUGCUGGCGGACCGCAUCAAGUCGAGACAGGUGCCAUUGCUUGGUGGACUGGUGGUUUUAAUGGGAGCGACUAUUAUGUUUUGUCUUGGCCGAUCCAUUGCGGUGCUGGUCGUUGCUCGCCUUCUGCAAGGUGCGUCUGCAGGUGUUGUGUGGACAAUUGCGCUAGCACUGCUUUCGGACACUGUUGGUAAAAGCAAGUCAGGUCAGGCGUUGGGAUUCGUCGCCGCAAGCUACAGCAUUGGGACCCUGAUAGCUCCGAUGCUCGGCGGUGUCGUGUACAGAGAAGGCGGAUAUUAUGAGGUCUUCGGAAUGAUGUUUGGUCUUAUCGGCGUAGACAUCGUGCUACGGCUUCUCAUUAUCGAGAAACACAAAGCAGCCCAAUGGAUUGAGUGUGACCAGGCUCAAGAAAUAUCCGCAGAAGUUGACGCUCACGAUACUGUUCUCCAACCGACAACAACCGCUGGACGAGGCUCAGGGGCAGCAAGAGAGGCCACGCCAGGCAAAAAGUCUCUGCCAGUCAUGCUGGUGCUUCUCAAGUCGAGGAGAAUCGAGGCUGCAUUUCUCGGCACAUUCGCGGUUUCAGCGACCAUGGCAGCGUUCGACUCAACACUACCCCUCUUCGUGAAUCGGGUUUUCGACUGGGAUGCUUUAGGGGCAGGGCUGAUCUUUGUCGCACUGCUUUUCCCUCAUCUAGCGGGUCCCGUCAUUGGAAAGGGUGUGGACAAGUACGGUCCCCGGUGGAUCGCCACAAGCGGGUUCUUACUACUAUUGCCUUUCUGGGUGCUCUUGCGCCUGGUGGACCACGACAGCAUUCGCCAGGUCGUCCUCCUUGUUGCGCUCCUAUGCGGAGUCGGCCUUGGUGGCGCCUUGGUCGUGACGAGUUUGAUGACCGAGUUCUCAAAGGUGUGCGACGGCAAGGCGAAGCAGGACCCUUCCCUGGGAUCGGCUUACGCCACAAGCUACGGAAUAUUCAACGUGGCUUGGGCCAGUGGCUCUCUCGCUGGGCCAUUGAUGGCGGCGGCUAUCGAGAGACAAGCGGGCUGGAAGACCAUGACGUGGUCCUUCGGGUUAUUGUGCGCGUUCUGCACCGGUCCAGUAGUCAUCUAUUCUGGUGGCAGCCGUCGCAAAGUAGCUCGUAGCACGACAUCGGCGGAGGACCUCCACGCUUGA